ACGACAAGUGGUUCGCUGUUAAGUUGGUUCUUGAGAUUCUGGACCUCCGGCGUUUUUUUUCUCCCAUUAUAGGUUCAAGGUUAUUGCCAAAGGGCUUCGGUGUGAUUAUAUUUCUGAUAGAGUAAAACAAUCUUUUUUUCAGAUUUCAUUAGACGGCCUCAAAAUGAUGCACUACCGCAAGGCCGAAAAUGUGGAGAAGGAGCUCAGCAAAACCGAUUUGCCGUUCGAGGACUGCAUGCCAAAGUCCCAAAAGGAUUUUCUUUGGAUGCAUGUAAAAGGCGGUACUAAAGUGAGCAAUGUGAUAGAAUUCGCUCAGGCAUCGCUCAACAAAGGCGAACACAGAUGCGUAGUUUGGAGCGGAUCCGGUGGCGGAGUGGUCAAGACUAUAUCCUGUGCAGAGGUGCUCAAGAGGAGCCACCCUGUCUACCAGGUGACCCGCAUGGCCUACAAUAGCGUGGAGGAGCACUGGAAGCCACAGAUGGAAGGCCUCGAGGAGAUCAUCGUUAACCGCCAGAUACCCACCCUACACAUCCUUAUGAGCCUGGACGAACUGCCGGACAGUAUAGAGGGCUUACAGAAGCCAAAUACAUCCACCGAUUUCUGGGAGGGCGGAGGGGCAAAGUCGCGUCCCCAACCACGCCAACAGCAGCAACAACAAAAACAACACCAAGGUGAUGCAGGUCGGUCAAACAAGCGCCACAGAUCCGGACGCAAUAAACCAGCCCAACAACACGGAACACCUGCCACUGAAGAGAAUCAACCAACCAGUCAGAGUCAAGGUUGA